CUGGCUCUGCAUUCUGAGUAGCUCCAUCCCAUUUGAGAGAUUGGAAGCUAAAGGUAAAAAGCAGAAUGCAGCCCUUUGUAAAUAUUUUUCUGGGAUUUUUUAUCUUCGAGUCUGUUGGAGCUGCGCCUAUCACUGAUACCAUAAUUUAUGAUUCUGAGUUCUAUGAUACACCACUUGGAGAGCUGCCUCACUCAUUUGUCUAUGAUGAAAACGAGCAAUCUGACCAAUUAGAGACAGGGAUUGGGACAGCACUACCUUCUAUAAUUCAAGAGAGUUACUCUUCUGCACCAUUGACAGAAGAACCUGAUGAGGAAGCAUCAACUCCAAAAUUAAUUGAUGGAUCUUCAGCACAGGGGUCUGGAGUUCUUGGACCCCAAACUCAAGACGGCCUUCCCACCUGCCUUUUGUGUACAUGUCUAGGGACCACAGUCUACUGUGAUGAUCAUGAGCUUGAUGCUGUUCCACCGUUGCCUGAGAAAACAAUGUAUUUCUACUCACGCUACAACAGAAUCAGGAAGAUCAACAGAAAUGACUUUGCUAACUUAAACAACUUAAAGACGAUUGAUUUGACUGCAAACUUUAUAUCAGAGAUCCAUGAAGAUGCCUUCCGGAGAUUGCCCCAACUUGAGGAGCUGGUGCUCCGGGACAAUAGGAUAAGACAACUCCCUGAGUUACCAUCUACCUUAACAUUCAUUGAUGUUAGUAAGAACAGACUUGGUCGCAAAGGAAUACGUAAUGAGGCAUUUAAAGGUCUGCAUGAACUGCAGCAUCUUUAUAUCACUGACAAUAACUUGGACCACAUUCCAUUGCCACUCCCUGAAAGCCUCCAAUCUCUUCAUCUUCAGAACAACAACAUUCAAGAGAUGCACGAAGACACUUUCUGCAAAAUGAAAGAUUUUACUUAUGUCCGUAGGGCUCUUGAAGACAUCAGACUGGAUGGUAAUCCCAUCAAUCUGAGCAGAACACCUUAUGCAUAUAUGUGUUUACCCCGUUUGCCAGUUGGUAACCUCAUGUAAGCUUUGACAGAAGCCAAUACUGUC